GUAAAACAUAAGUGAUUAAUAAAAAAGGCCCUAUUUUCUCCCUUCCCUGUAGUGGCUAUCUGUGCAUGUAAAUGGUCUGCAACGGCUAAAAUCCCUUCGUUCCCUCCAGAGGGAGUUUAUCUCCCACACACAGAGGGUGAAAGAGGUGCUGCAGCACAGGCAGUAUGAGAAACAUAAAGAGCUUUCUGAACAUUAGAGCACGGAGACAUGUCCCAGUGGAGACACUAGACAUAUAAGGUCCCGAAAAUGAGCUAAUAUGUCCUCUUUAAAGACGUAAACACAUGCACAAGAUCAGAAGCUCCAGGAAGAAAGCUGUGUGUAUCUCCCACUGAUAUUACACAGACCUACAUGUCUGUCUCCCUCUGUAAAUGUUCCAUAUGCAAUCAAAUUUCAGCCAUGCAUGUCCGAGCACAUCGAUACAGAUCUGCACCAAGAGGCACAUACAAUCCUGCUAAAGGCUUUUCUCACAUCUAAUGAUCACAUGUCCUAACUUAUGUAUAUGUUUUAAACAGCUAAGUGUUUAUGCUAUACAAAUAUACAUACAGGUAUCCUGGUCAGUGUUUUUAGAGCAUGAUAUCAUCCCAAAUCUUAUCUGCAUGUAUUCUGUUUAACUCGCAAGAAUGUGCACACCGUAUUUUGGCAGUAGCUAGGCUCUAAAGAACAGUGUCUCCGGAUGUGUUGUGACACACACACACACACACACACACACACACACACACACACACACACACACACACAGAUAGUCAGUACAAGGCUGCACUCAAGUGCCCUUUUACGUAAUUCUGAGGCACAGCAGCUUUGCGCCUGCGAAGUGAAAGAGCAGGUGGAGGAGGAAACAUGCGCAGUAGCAGCCUGAGCAGCAGCAUCAGGACCACAAAGAUCUCAGGGAUCCUGCGAUGCCAGAAGAUGGUGCAUGUAAACACAGCCUGGGAGCUUUUAUCCGACCGCCUGCAUGUUUAAUCCCGGAGUUUGAAGACAAAACGACGGAAGGAAGGGGACAUUUCAACCCGACAGACGCGUGUGAAGGAUCAGCAGAGAUGCGACGGAAACAACAACACUUGAUGAAAUCCAUUUAGCCUCAUGACGACGCGUUAAAGCCUCUGCUGCGCAACACUACCACCUCUCAUGUCAGCCCUUAUGACAGGCUUUCUUGUGUAAUGGUCGCUGGUUUCUAGUGGGAUGCACAUCAGUGUUUGCCCGUACUCGCUCUCCGUCGUUAUGGCAGCUCUGUACCAGGGUACGGACGCUUCCUCUCCGGAUAAAUUUCUGGCCUUGAAAGACGUGAGAGAGGUGAAGGAGGAAACGACGCUGGAUGAGAAGCUCUUCCUGCUGGCAUGCGAGAAAGGCGACUACUACAUGGUGAAGAAGCUGCUGGAAGAGAACCGGCACGGUGAGCUCAACCUGAACUGCGUGGACGUCCUGGGCCGGGAUGCCGUCACCAUCACCAUCGAGAACGAGAAUCUAGACAUCCUGCAGCUUCUCCUGGAACAUGGCUGCCAGGCGACAGAUGCCCUGCUGGUGGCUAUAGACUCUGAGGUGGUGGGAGCCGUGGACAUCCUCCUCAACCACAGGCCGAGGAGAUCCUCCAAGCCCUCCAUUGCUAAACUGAUGCAGAGGAUUCAGAACCCAGAGUACUCCACCACCAUGGACGUGGCUCCAGUCAUCCUAGCGGCCCACAGGAACAACUACGAGAUCCUGACCAUGCUGCUGAAACAGGACAUCUCGCUGCCCCGGCCACACGCUGUCGGCUGCGAGUGCACGCUCUGCAACGCCAAGAACAAGAAGGACAGCUUACGCCACUCCAGGUUUCGUCUGGACAUCUAUCGCUGCCUGGCCAGCCCCUCUCUGAUCAUGCUGACUGAAGAAGACCCCAUUCUCAGGGCCUUUGAGCUGAGUGCGGACCUCCGGGAGCUCAGCCUGGUUGAAGUGGAGUUCAGGAAUGAUUAUGAGGAACUGGCAAAGCAGUGUAAGAUGUUUGCCAAGGAUCUGCUGGCCCAGGCUCGAAAUUCUCGAGAGCUCGAAGUUAUUCUCAACCACACGUCCAACGAGGAUCAGGUCGACAAGAGGGGCUUACUGGAGGAAAGAAUGAACCUCGGUCGACUCAAGCUCGCCAUCAAGUACAACCAAAAAGAGUUUGUGGCUCAGUCCAACUGUCAGCAGUUCCUCAACACCGUCUGGUUUGGAGAGACGGCCAGCUACCGGCGCAAACACACCUGUCUGAAGAUGGCCACGGUGCUGAGCGUGGCCAUGCUGUGGCCGCUGCUCUCCGUCUGCUACCUGCUGGUGCCGCGCUCCCGCGUCGGCCAGAUCAUCCACACGCCCUUCGUCAAGUUCAUCAUCCACAGCGCCUCGUACUUCUCCUUCCUGCUGCUGCUCAACCUCUACUCGCUGGUCUACAACGAGGACAAGAAGAACACUAUGGGCCCUGCGCUGGAGAUGAUAGACUUCCUGCUCAUCCUCUGGAUCAUAGGGAUGGUGUGGUCGGAUGUGAAGCGGUUGUGGUAUCAAGGGCUGGAGGACUUUCUGGAAGAGUCUAGAAACCAGCUGAGCUUCGUGAUGAACUCCCUUUACCUCGCCACCUUUGCCCUCAAAAUAGUUGCUCAUAGCAAGUUCAAGAAAGUGGAGGACACGGAUAGGAAGAACUGGGACGCCUUCCAUCCCAUCCUGGUGGCCGAGGGCCUGUUCGCCUUUGCCAACAUCCUCAGUUACCUGCGGCUCUUCUUCAUGUACACCACCAGCUCCAUACUGGGGCCGCUACAGAUCUCCAUGGGGCAGAUGCUGCAGGAGUUCGGGAAGUUUUUGGGCCUCUUCUUGCUGGUGUUAUUCGCCUUCACCAUCGGACUUACCCAGCUGUAUGGAAAGGACCAGAAAGACCCCGACAAGCAUCCGCUGAAGGACUGCGAGGGCAUAUUCUGCCAGCAACAGAGCAACGAUGCCUUCCACUCGUUUAUGGGGACCUGCUAUGCCCUGUUCUGGUACAUCUUCUCCCUGGCUCACGUUGCGCUCUUCGUGACCCGGAUCAGCUACACCGAGGAGCUGCGUUCUUUCGUGGGCGCCAUGAUCAUCGGCACCUACAACAUCGUUGUGGUCAUCGUGCUGACCAAGCUGAUGGUGGCCAUGCUGCACAAGAGCUUCAGGCAAAUUGCUAAUCACGAGGAUAAGGAGUGGAAGUUUGCAAGGGCCAAACUGUGGCUCAGCUACUUCGAUGACAAGUGCACCAUGCCUCCGCCGUUCAACAUCCUCCCCUCCCCGAAGACGGUCGUCUACCUGGUGACCAGCAUGAGUAAGUGGAUCUGUUCACACACGUCGAAAGGGAAGGUGAAGAGACAGAACAGCCUCAAGGAGUGGAAGAACCUGAAGCAGAAGCGUGAUGAGAACUACCAGAAGAUCAUGUGCUGUCUGGUCCACCGCUACCUGACCUCCACGCGGCAGAAGAUGCAGAGCACAGACCAGGCCACGGUGGAAAAUCUCAACGACCUGCGCCAAGACCUGUCCAAGUUUCGCAACGAGAUGAGGGACCUGCUGGGCUUCCGGACCUCCAAAUACGCUAUGUUCUACCCAAGGAGCUAAAGAAAAAGACUUGAUGUUUAUCUCCCCCCUUUCCCCCCUUUCCCUCUCGACUAAACCUCUGCUUCUCGUUCUUCUGGGAUGCUGUGUGACCCGAGCAUGUGCAAAAAAGAAACUCUGCUCUUUUGAGUCACAGAGGCGACUUUUAAACCUGGACCUUAACUAGAAAUAUAUAUAUCUUCUCCACCAAAGCCUCCAGACUCAGGCCCCUAUGUAUUAUUCAGCUAUUCAACCUUUUGUAAAUAAAGGAAGCCAUUGUUUUAAAUAGAAAGACGCUUGAACGGCAUAAAGAGGUGAUUUCGAUGAAUACAAAUGCUGCUUUUGGUACUCAGAGAAAGCCAGAAAAAAGUCAUCUGUUUAGAGACACACUUCACCUGAUCCAUUUUCUUGCUUGGUGGAGUUUAGCUGCCUCAGACCAGUUCACAUACGGUUUGUUUUACAGCUGAACGUUUUUUGUACAAAGAAGGACGGACAAAGGGAACAUGUCAAAGGGAGUUUUAUUUGGGACGAUGAAAACAAUAAAAUAUAAAUAAUAUUCACA